AUGAGCGAUGAGGAUCAUCCAUCAUUAUAUGCUGGUAGAGGUUGGAAGUCGACAUACAUGACCAAUGACAAGAAUGUCGCAGAGGAAAGGGCGGAAAAGCAAGGCACAAAGCUAGAAUGGAUAGGGAAUACUGCAAAAUCUAUUACAGAUCCGAUGCCAGCAAUAAGAUUCGACAAGGAAAACCAACGUAAAACUUGGUUCAAUAGUAUGGUAGUUGGUUACAAUGACCCUAGAGAUCCUGAACACUGUGAUGUGAAUAUAUCUACUAAGCUAGCAAAUGGUGAACCUUUAUCGGAUACUGUCAUGCAAGAUUGUUUGAGAAUCAUGGAAGAAGAGUGUGUUGCGAUACCUUGGAAGAAAGGUGAUGUUAUGCUUGUUAAUAAUUUAAUGGUUCUUCACGGCCGACGACCACUAGUAACGCCGCCUCGUCAAAUUCUCGUAUCACUUUGCAAGUAA